AUGGAGGAAUUGCACGAAAUUGCAAAUGCCUAUUUUGAGGUUGCCUCCCGUGAUAUCAAGGAGGAGGCCCGAAAAUUUUUCAACAAAUUGGACAGCAAUAUGGAUGGCAAAGUGAGCCUCCAUGAAUAUCUGGGCUUCAUGAGGCAAGAAAAAUAUCAAAAUUUGAGGAGUUCGGAUUUGUUUAAGCAGCUUUGCAGAGGAAAAAGUGAGACCCUGGAGUUCAUGGACGUCGUGACUCUGUACUAUAUAAUUCGAAGUGGAAGGCCAUUUUGCGAUGGUUGUAACCAAUUUAUCAAAGAUACCUACUUUUGUUGCAUCGAAUGCUUCGACAGCUCCAACGAGAAUUACUGCCUUUGCUGUCAAUGUUUCAAGAGUAAGAACUAUAUAACCGGCUCUCAGUCUCAUCGCCAUCAAUUUGUGGAUAACUUCGCUUUGCUUGAACUGAAGAGGGCAGCUGUCUCAAAUAAGGGAAAACGUGAGAGGAUGAAGGCGAGGCUUAAAGUAAUCGGAGAGAAACACUGA